AUGAGUAGCAGGAACCCUUAUCGACCGUUAGCGGUCGGCAGAGGAGGCUUACCUACUCUUCCACCAAACUAUGAAGACCUUGAACUGGAUUCGAUAAACGACGGACGUCAUGAACCAUCUAUCGAGCAAUUCGAAAUUGAAGAAGGCUUCGGCGCAGAGCCAGUUGAUAGAGAGGGAUUUAUUGUUCGUGCGUCUAUUGCCACGAAAAAGUUUGCUAAUAACUUGAGCAAUAAUGUCUUGCAUCCCGUUACUAGGAUAAUAGAUCCCAUAUACGAAUGCUACAAAUACUUUAACAUACAAUAUGAGAAAUCAAUAUUAAAGUUGGGUAAUCCUUUGGUGGUGAAGAGGUUGCUUUAUGUAUUUUCCGUGAUGGCAUUUGUCUUCUUUGUCACAAAAUGGGAAGUUAGCGACGGAGUUACUGGAAGCAGUGGGGGUGCUUUUACGUCGGGAACAUUCUUUGAUAUUGAUAAAUUGGGUGUUUCUAUACGAAAUUACAUUGAUCCAAAAGUCAUGAAAGAAAACCUUGAGUAUUUUUCUUCGAUGCCCCAUUUAGCUGGUACUAAAGGUGAUUUGGCUCUCAGUAAAUACAUGGAAGCUUACAUGACAAACAACGGUAUCAAAAUCAACAGUUUCACAGAAUUAAGGAGCAAUACAAAUUACCCAACUCUUUCUAAGGGAGGUACUUAUUUAAGACUAUCAGACCAAUCUUUUGAAGCGACGCUCAAUGAAUUCAACGAGGAUGGGAUGGAAUUUCAAGCUUUUAAUCCUAAUUCUCUCAAUGCCAUCGAUGAACUUGAGAGCUUUUACAUAUAUGCGGGAUUUGGCUCUCCAGAGGAUUUUUCAAAACUACAGCAAAACAAUAUAGAUAUUAAAGGCGCUAUACUAUUGGUAAGAUAUGGCGGACUAACUCCUGAUCCAAAUAAAGUUUUACUAGCUCAGGGAAAUGAGGCCAAAGCCGUUGUUUUUAUAUCCGAAAAAUUUGAAAUUGAGACUAAUGGUCGCAAGGUAAUUCAAGAUGAUGUUAUUCAAAAACUUAACGUUGGGUUGACUAGAAUUGCUCCUGGCGAUCUCUUAACCCCUGGCUGGUCCUCAGAAGGUGAUAUGUCUAGAUUAUCAUGGCUGAAAUCUGAUACUACGCCUAAGAUACCAACAAUCCCUAUAUCAUAUAAAGAUGGUGAAGUCUUAAUCUCAAAACUUCAGGGUAAAGGUGUAAAGAUGGAUAAAGUGUCAUUUUCGGGAAUCCGUGGCUCGGAUAUAAAGAUCCAAUUAAAGAUCUCAAAUGAACAAAGACCAACUCAUAAAAUUUGGAACGUCGUAGGAUCAAUUGAAGGAAGAGAACAACCAGAGAAAGGAAUCAUAAUUGGUGCAAGUCGCGAUUCAGUUUGUUAUGGUACAUUAUCAACAAAUACAGGAAGUGUUGUUUUACUUGAAUUGAUUAGGUUGUUUACUUCUUUACAGAGACAGUACAAUUGGUCACCAGCUAGGUCUAUAUAUUUUGUCUCCUUCGACGCUACCGAAUAUAAUUUAGCUGGUGCCACAGAAUGGAUUGAAAAUAGAAGAGAACUGAUCAAGAAAGAAGGGUUUGCCUAUAUUGAUUUAAGUGAUGCAAUUGCUGGUAAUGAACUUUCCAUUAAGGCGCAUCCAUUUUUACAUGAAGUUAUCAAAAGAGCCUUGAAAAAAGUUAAGAUCGAUGGAAGUGGUUCGGAUCAUCCAAAUACUCUUUAUGACCUCUUCAAAAAGGGCAAUGGAAAAUCAGAUACAAUAUCCAACAAUUUGAUCGAAAACAAGAAUUACAUUCCUUUUAUAAAUAUGAUGAAUAUCCCUUCUUUGGAAAUGAAGUUUUCUGGAAUGAAGUAUCCCGAGAAUUCUUGCUUCGAUAAUUUUGAUAAUUUUGAAAAGUUUGAAGUUGAUGUAAACAUGGAAAAACAUAUACAGUUGGUUGAGGCAUUGUCGUUAGUUAUCUUAAGUUUAGCUGAAGAACCUAUUGUUCCCUAUGAUUUUGAUAAUUUAGUCAACAAAUUACGCGAUUAUGAAGGUGAUCUAGAGAAAUAUGCCGAGGAUAUGACCAACGAUGGGGAAUCUGCAUUGAGUUUUGACUUGUUCAAAAAGUCUAUAGAUAACUUGAAGUCAAGCUCUAUGAAAUAUCAAGAAUGGGCUCAGGAAUGGAGAAAGUUUUUAACUAGUUCAGGAGAGAUGGAGCCUUCUCUUAUUGCCAUGAAUAGAUGGAAGAGAAAUGAUAAUAUGAUUGAAUUCAAUCAGCAGUUCUUAUCUAGCGAAUCAAGGCCUGCGAGAACCGGCUAUAUUAAUCAGCUUUUUGGGGUUUCGUAUAUGGCCCCCCUGGUAUUCAACGACGAAUAUGAGUGGAAUACUUUUCCGUCUAUUAGAGACAACUUAUACUAUAGAAAUUUCGAGGAGGCACAGAAUCGCAUAAUAUACCUCUCAAAGUUGAUUGAAGUGGCCUCGGAGCGUCUUCUUCAAAUUUAA